GUCACGAGGGACCGAACAAACUCCGCGGCGCGAGCGACCUGUGCCUUGCUCCAUAAACUCCUCCACCGGUGAGAAUCCCGCGUAUUUCAGCACUCACACCGAACUGCAUAACUUUACGGGUCAACAUGAGCUCCUCUCUCCCCAAAAGCGAAUCCACAACAUCACUCAUUAAGACGAACAGGAGGGUGCGCGCGGACCCCGCCACUCACCGUAACGGGCACCGACACACCGGUGAAGACUCGUGCUGGACCGAGGAGUGCGAUGCCACAGCAAGGAGACCUUUAUGUCAACCAAAACACGGCCGAAAAGGUAAUCAGCGGGAGGAUGAACACCGCAAAGCGUCAAGGCACCAGCACAGCAUUGAGCCUCCGGUGCGCGGCAGCCGAACACCGUCACCGACCGCAUCCCUCUCCAAACGCUCAGACGAAGCGGCGAUGUUUUUUGAGACGAAGGACAAACACCGGGCGAGCCUGAGCGCCAAUGCUCCUCCAACGCUCCAGCCCGGCAGAGCGAGCGCGUACAGCGGCGCGCGGGAUGCGGAGCUCCAUCCCAUAGUCAAAUCAGUGUUCGGGCAGAACAGAGAGCUGAGACCAGAGGAAAUGGAUGAGCUCCGAGAAGCCUUUAAAGAGUUUGAUAAAGACAAGGACGGGUUUAUCGGCUGCAAAGACCUGGGAAACUGCAUGAGGACGAUGGGUUACAUGCCCACCGAGAUGGAGCUCAUCGAACUGAGCCAGCAGAUCAACAUGAAUCUGGGAGGUCAUGUGGAUUUUGAGGACUUUGUGGAGUUGAUGGGACCCAAACUUCUGGCUGAGACGGCAGAUAUGAUCGGAGUGAAGGAGCUGAGAGACGCAUUCAAAGAGUUCGACACAAACGGAGACGGUCAGAUCAGCACAGCCGAGUUACGAGAGGCCAUGAAGAAACUGCUGGGCCAGCAGGUGGGACACCGGGAUCUGGAGGACAUUCUGCGCGACAUCGAUCUGAACGGAGACGGACACGUCGAUUUCGAAGAAUUUGUGCGAAUGAUGUCUCGCUAGAGUUAAAGUGGUGAAAGCAUGUCAGAAAGAGGAUCUCCUGCUGCGCCAGAGACAGAGGAGAAGAAGAAGAAGAAGAGGAAAGAUCAGCAGAAAACCUCACAAGAGGAGCUUCUGUGUCACGACCUCUGACCUCUGACCUCUGACCUCACAGCACACCUGAGAGAAACUGCACUGAAACCCUGCAUCACAGCGUUUCUGAAGACCACUCGCCAAUACUGUGAUUUACAUUAGCUUUACAGGGUUUAUUUUCAUCCCAUUGAAAGCCUUCGAGAGGUCUAAUGCAAAAAAUAACGUAAAUCAAAAACAUAAAUUCCAAUAUUAUUGAAAAUACUCAGUAUUAAAACAUUAAAUAUAUUUAAUUUACAGGCAUCCGGAAACUGCUGUAUGAUAUCAGGGUGCAUCGAUUGCAAUAAUAUUUGCUGUUUCAUAUUUAAGCUAUUUAUUAAUAUCUGUAAAGUAUAUAUAUAGAGAGGGAGAAAGAGUGAGAGAUGAGUGUGUAUAGUUUUCCCUUUACACUGUAAAAAAAUUCUAUUCAAUUUUUAAGUUGAACCAAUUUUACUUUACAAGUCAUUUUAACUUGCAUCACUUAAAACAUCAAGUUAAAAUCUGAUUAACUUUAAAAAAUAAGUUGCUACGCUAACUUUCUAAAUUAAGUUAAAGGUGCUGAAGGUAAGAUUUUGACUCUUCUAAAGCAUAAAAACACCAUAAUAUGUUUGCAGAUAUUUAAUAAACAUGAUAAGUAAGCUUGUUUAUCUGAAAAACAAUGCUUACGUCAGAUAUUCUGCUUUGAAGUUACGUGCUGGAAUGUCUGUCUUUGUUUUGGUCAUUUAACCCGCCCAAUGCCAGUUUAGCCAAUUAUAUUUCAGCACUCCGUGUUGCCUUGCUGGAAAACAUCAUAUUUUAUUAAUUCAGUCAGUCAGGAAGGCUCUCGAAGCAUGUUUCCAUGACCAAAAU